UUCAUACAAAUCGAAAGCGAUUUUCGAGAGAUUCUUUAACAUUACAUGAAUUUGUUUUGUGCGAAUACAUGGUGAUUAACAUUUAAACAGCUAAAGAACUCGUCACAGGAUAUUUUAGCGUACGUUUUAAUUAUAAUAACCAUGUCUGAUAGGCUUAAAAAUACGUGCAAAACUUCUAAUGAGGCUGUAAUUAAUGACAUCACAAGGGAUUUGGAAACAUCGCUCAAUACUAACGAAAAUACCGAAGGAUAUGUCAUUCAGCCCGGUACUAGUGAGGAACAAUGCUUUUCUACAGAAACAACGAAAAAUCAUACAGAACUACCCAAAGAAGCAGAAUUCGACGCUGACCAUAACGCAUCAGACAACGAAGAAGACAAAGAAAGCGAUACAGAUUCUAUAGAUGAAGAACAUUUAAAAGAUGAUGAGGUAGCACUAACGGAUGACCAGAAAGCGGAAAGGCUGAUCAUGGCCGAGGAAUUGAAACAGGCCGGAAACAAUUCUUACAAAUGUGGAGAGUAUGAGAGAAGUGUAGAGAAAUACACCGAAGGUUUGAGAUUAUGUCCUCUUCAAUUCGACAAAGUACGAGCGAUUCUAUAUUGCAACAGGAGUGCGGCUAGGAUGAAAUUGAAAAAGUAUCAAAAGUCAAUCAAGGACUGCACUAAAGCACUGGAACUCGAUGACAAAUACGUCAAAGCGUACUUAAGGCGUGCCUCGUCCAACGAGCUAUUGGAAAAGUAUCAAGACGCCUUGAGCGAUUAUGAGAAGGCUCUAGAAUUGGACCCGUCUUUGGAGGAGACCAGGAAAGCCGUGGUCCGCCUGAAGCCGAUCGUGGAAGCCAAGAAUGAGGAGAUGAAGAAAGAGAUGCUGGGGAAACUGAAGGAUCUGGGGAACAUGAUACUGAAGCCGUUCGGUCUGUCCACGCAGAACUUUAAUAUGGAACAGGACCCGGAGACGAAAGGAUACAAAAUUAAUUUUAAGCAAUAAAACCAUGUUGGAUGUU